GGGGGGAAGAGCUGCAGAGUCUCGGGGAGUUGAGUGUUUCAGAAGCCGAGAGAGAAGAGCAGCUUGACCGCCGAUCAUGGCGUCGUCCUUCGACUUCAACCGCAUCACCGACCGGUUCAACACCCACAUCACCCAACGGAUCGCCAUCGGCACGCGGCACGAGGCCACCACUCCGGCCGCCCUCAAGGCCGCCCUGGCCGAGUUCAUCUCCACCUUCAUCUUCGUCUUCGCCGGCCAGGGCUCCGGCAUGGCCUACAGCAAGAUCACCCACGACGCCCCCACCUCCCCCUCUGGCCUCAUCAUCGCCUCCAUCGCCCACGCUUUCGCCCUCUUCGUCGCCGUCUCCAUCGCCGCCAACAUCUCCGGCGGCCACGUCAACCCCGCCGUCACCUUCGGCGCCUGCCUAGGUGGCCAAAUCACCGUCUUCCGCUCCAUCCUCUACUGGGUCGCCCAGCUCCUCGGCUCCGUUGCCGCUUGUUUCCUCCUCACGUUUGUCACCGGUGGCAUGAGCACGGGGGCGUUUGGGUUGACGGGAGUGAGCGUAUGGCAAGCGUUCGUGUUGGAGAUCGUGAUGACCUUCGGGCUGGUGUACACGGUGUACGCCACCGCACUGGAUCCAAAGAAUGGCAGUUUGGGAACAAUCGCGCCAAUCGCCAUCGGCUUCAUAGUCGGGGCGAAUAUUCUGGUGGGCGGGGCGUUCGACGGGGCAUCGAUGAACCCGGCGGUGUCCUUCGGGCCGGCCGUCGCUAGCUGGACGUGGACGUACCAAUGGGUCUACUGGGCGGGGCCUCUGGUCGGCGGCGGGCUAGCUGGCAUUGUCUACUCCUUGUUUUUCAUGACCCAUUCGCACGAGCCCUUGCCUGCAACCGAAUACUAGGGCCCGACCCGAUAGCUUGUUUUUUUUUUUUUUUUGAAUAUGAAUAAUUUGUAACCGUAGGAUCUUCAUGGGUUUGUGAUUAUUGUUUUUUUGCCACUUGUCAUCGCCGUUGGAUCGUAUCUGAGAUCUUGUCGCCGAGUGUUUUGUAAUGAUGUGAUUGUGCCAGUUGUACGAUUUCACUAUGCCAGAGCAUAUUUGGACUCUUGUUCAUGAAUUUGAUCGAUAUGUUCGCAUCA